GGCACACAGAACUCUGGUCUCUGUCCCUUUCAAUAGGAGAUAGAAAUCCCUUUGUCACCUUACAAGUCUGUGCGGGAUGUGGGACUCUCCAUGGGUCUCUCCCAGCCCUCUAGCUCCCAGAGGCUGAGGCUACAUCAGAGCAUCUCCUUCUAUCUCCUGGCCUUUGUUUUAAGCUGCAGAGGCACUGGGGCAAGAACCUACACUGAUGGAGGAAUAGCAGAUCUGCAACUUCAGAGAAGGAGCCAACAGGCUUUCCUUUGGGGUCAGCAUGUGCCCUGGUCAACUUAGCUGGACCAUCACCUUCCUCCUGAUACUCCACUGCACCUUUGGCUACAAGGACCUCAACUGCUAUACAGACUAUAUCCAGACCGUGACGUGCAUCCUAAAAGUGGAUCCUGGCCAUGCAGAGACCUCCCCUGACCUCACCCUUGAGUGGAAUGAUGCCUAUGGGGAACUGGAGGAAUUCACCAACUCCUGUAACUUCAACCGAUCAACCUACAACCACACCCACAUGCAGUAUAUGUGUCAGAUGGAUGUUUAUAAACUGAUGUCAGAUGAUGAAUUCAAUGUCACCAUCACAGACAAGCUAAGCAACAGCUCCAGUGAGGGAAGACACUUCAUCCUGGCUCAGAGCAAGGAAGAAACCAAAUCUCAGAUUAAACCAAAUCCUCCUUCCAACGUGACUGUGGCCUAUUUUGGAAAUUAUAACAUUUCCUGGAAAACCCUCUAUGAAGAUCCUCGUUACUACCCAUUACAGAAUGUGCUACAAUAUGAGCUGCGUUACAAAAAACGACAAGACUCCUGGACGACUCAGAAAACCAAGUUCAUCUCAGUGGAUUUGAAGUCAGUGUCACUCCUGCCCUCGGAAUUCCAGAAGGGCUCAGUCUAUGAAAUACAAGUUCGAGCUCAGCCCCAGCCAUCUUCACUCUACAGUGGGGUCUGGAGUGAGUGGAGUGAUUCUGCCCUCUUGGAGACCCAGCCAGUGGAAAAAGAGAAAAAAGAAUGGUUGCCUCUGAUAUCUCGCAUCUCAACAGUCGUGGCCGUAAUUGCUUUGCUGGCUGGAUGCAUACUGACACAGAGGCUGUGGAAGAAGAUGUGGGUGCUAGUACCCAACCCCGCGCCCUUCUUUCAGCCCCUGUAUUCAGCCCAUGAGGGUGACUUUAAGAACUGGGUGGGAACAUCUUACACCACCAGCACCCUGAAUUUAUUUGACUGGGGACUGGUGUCCCCAGAGGCACUGGAAGUAUAUAGCAGCUGCCUCACCAAAGAAAUCGAGUUGAUUGAUGCCAAUGGGCAACCCAAGAUGGGAUACUGUGGAAUCUGUCCCCCUGGACCCACCCAGACAGAAGUUGGAUCCUUUGCCUUAGGAUUUGGUGAGGGGAAGGACAAGUCCUAUGGCCAUGUGUCCCUUGAUACAGUGAUGGUGGUUGAUGACAAGGAGUCUGGUCAGCUGCACUGUGACUGCAGUCACCUAGCUCAAGAUAGAGGUGGUGACUGUGGUGGCGAUGACAACUACCCCAAGAUAAAUCUUGAUGGUGACCAACCUGAUGGGCAGAGCUCUGGUGAGCUGCUCUUGGGGAAAGAAGAUAGAAUCAUCUCCUCUGGCCAUGUCUCCAUGGAGAACCCUGGGAGGAUCCCAGUCUGGCCAGAAGCUCCCAUUGGCAGUAUUUUGGAAGCCCUGUGCCUGCACACUCCAGAGGACUGGGAUCCAGGGAGUCCUAUUUCCCUGCCCUCACAGGAAGGGGAGGGUACUCCCUUCAGCCAGGGACCUUAUGCACACUUCUCCUGCAGCUCAGAGAAAGAGGCCUUUGGCCACCCACUGGUCAGCUUGGAUAUGGACACCUUCGACAGUGGCUUUGCUGGUUCUGACUGUGGCAGCCCCUUAGAAAGUGACUUCAUGGGGGGCAGUCCAGUGGAAAGGGAAGGCAGCUCAGCUCUGGGCACCAGUCAUGUUGAGGAUGAUAUCCCAAGAAGUUAUGUCAAACAGUGGGUGAUCUUACCCCCUCCCUCCCCAAAUCCUGGAUCACAUAACAGUUAGCAAGUUAAGCAGGUUCCAGAACUGAAGUGGGAUCAGCAAAGACUAUUAUGUAAACCAGUUGUCACCCAUCAACUGUUCAUUCAGCUUUCACUCAGAAAAAAAAUGUGGCACAUCUUCAUCAAACAACUGUGAAAAGAGGAACAUGAUGGUACAGAGCAGACUGGGCUUCAUCCUUUGUUAUUAUUUGAUGUCAUUUACAGAUGGCUGAGAGGCAGCAGGGCCUAACAGGUGACUCCUUUGAAGUCUAGAAGACCUGGGUUCAAGUCCCAUCUCUGACACAUCCUGGGUGUGUGACCCUGGGCAAGUCACUUAACCUCUAAGUGCUAGGCAGUUCUCUAAAACAAAAUGCCAGCUUGCAUUGGUAAAGGGAGCAUCCACACCUGGGAGUUCCCUAUUCCCACUAAAUCACAGGCUGAAUCCUUGUCCUUACAAGACAGCUUAUUUUGUGUAUGUGUGUGUGUGUAUGUGCACGCGUGUGUGUGCGCACAUGUGCAUUCUUGGUUUACAUUCACUUGAUUUGAUGAUGCUUAUUAGCCAUUGUUGAAAAACACAAUUGGAGUAGUUUCCGCAGCGGUGGUGGGACCUUGUGUCUUUUUCAAUCCUCUCUUAUGCUGCACAUCCCAUACAUGAGGCGUUAGAAGAGUGUCGGUGUGGGGAAGGGGAAGCCUGUGGUUACAGACACAGAGACUAUGCCAGGGGAUGACCUCUCCUGCAUCACACUCACGAGAUGCAGAUACUUGGUGACAAAGAAGAUAGCUUACCAUCUGAGCUGGAGACACAGCUUUGGACAGGUGUGCAAAAAGAGUGGUAAGGACUGGAAUCUCACCACAAAGCUACCUAAGAACUGCAAAGUUGACAAGGCCAGUGAGUCGAUUUGCUAAAAAUUUUGAUCCUUUUUUUACCUCCUUCCAAAGUGUUCCCCCCCACCCCCGCUCCGGUCCCCAUAGUGAUGAAAAUAAAGUUAGAGAGAAGAGGGUCAGACUUAAUGAUGAACAGGCAGAGGGGGGUUAUAUGAAAUAUGGAAAGAGAAAGUGACAGAAGAUAAGGUGAUGUUAGCUCCAGGCUCCUAAGGUCAGCCAAUAAACAUUUAUUAAGUACCAACUAAGUGCCGGCACUGUGCUUAGUGCUGGGGAUAUAAAGAGAGGCAAAAUAGUCUCAUUCUCAAGGAUCUCACAGUCUAAGAGCAGUAACUCACAGGACCCUGGUCUCAUUCUCAUCCCCCUUCCUCAUCUCUUUUUUUCUCUAUCUCUUCUUCUCUCUCUUCCUCCCUUUCUUUCUCUC